GAAUCCUUGGAGACGGACAUUUUCCCCCCCGUAAAGGCAUGGAAAGAAAUUUAAUUUAGAGCAAAACAGGAGUCCUUAAGCUGCAAAGAUGUCUGCCAGAAUGUCUGAUCUCCGUGUCCUGCUGCUUCUGACUCUGGUGGGGAAGGCAGCCUUCGGGUUUUCUCUGAUGUCCCUGUUUCCAGACCUGGACCCAGAUUGGACUCCCGACAACUAUGAGUACAGCCCUGAGUACUACACACAGGAAGAGAGCACGGAUGGUGCUGUUGACCACCCCGAUAAUCCUGAGUGGUACUAUGAAGACUACAGUGAUAACCGGAACGAUCCAUGCCUGCCCAGCCCCUGUGAGCACGGUGGGACCUGCCUCGUCAGCGGGGACACUUUCAAGUGCAGCUGCCUGGACCCUUUCUCUGGAAGCAGGUGUCAGAAUGUGAAAAACACGUGCAAUGAAAAACCAUGUGGCUUGGGCGAAUGUCUCAUUACUCAGAGUCCUCCCUACUACCGCUGUGCCUGCAAGCACCCCUACAGGGGUCCAGACUGCUCCACAGCGGUUCCCGUGUGCAGGCCAAACCCCUGCCAAAAUGGUGGUACCUGCUCCCGGAACCGGCGAAGAUCCAAGUUCAUCUGUGCCUGUCCCGACCAGUUCAAGGGGAAAUUCUGUGAAAUAGGUUCUGAUGACUGCUAUGUUGGUGAUGGCUACUCUUACCGGGGGAAAGUGAGCAAGACGAUCAACCAGCACUCAUGCCUUCACUGGAACUCCCACCUCCUCCUGCAAGAGAAUUACAACAUGUUUAUGGAGGAUGCUGAAGCCCACGGGAUUGGGGAGCACAACUUCUGCAGAAACCCAGAUGGAGACAAAAAGCCCUGGUGUUUCAUUAAAGCAAACAGUGCAAAGGUGAAAUGGGAGUACUGUGAUGUCCCAGCCUGCCCAGCCCUAGACAUUACCGACCCGGUAGAGCCCCUGACCAAGCUUCCGGGCUUUGACUCGUGCGGGAGGACUGAGAUAACAGAGAGAAAAAUCAAGAGGAUCUACGGAGGCUUUAAGAGCACGGCGGGCAAGCACCCGUGGCAGGUGUCCCUGCAGACCUCGCUGCCACUGACCGCCUUCAUGCCCAAGGGCCACUUCUGUGGGGGGGCGCUGAUCCACCCGUGCUGGGUGCUCACUGCUGCCCACUGCACUGACCUAAAAGCCAAAAAUCUAAGAGUGGUCCUAGGGGACCAGGACUUGAAGAAGACAGAAUUCCAUGAGCAGACCUUCAGGGUGGAGAAGAUACUCAAGUACAGCCACUAUCAUGAACGAGAUGACAUUCCCUACAACGAUAUCGCUUUGCUCAAGCUAAAGCCAGUGGAUGGCCACUGUGCUCUGGAAUCCAAAUAUGUGAGGACUGUAUGUUUGCCUGAUGGUCCCUUUCCCUCUGGGACCGAGUGCCACAUCUCUGGCUGGGGUCUUACAGAAACAGGGGAAGGGUCCCGACAGCUCCUGGACGCCAAAGUCAAGCUGAUCGCCAACACUCUGUGCAACUCCCGCCGACUCUACAACCACACGAUCGACGAGACCAUGAUCUGUGCGGGAAACCUGCAGAGGCCUGGGCAAGACACCUGCCAGGGUGACUCUGGAGGCCCUCUGACCUGUGAGAAGGAUGGGACCUACUAUGUCUACGGGAUAGUGAGCUGGGGGGAGGAAUGUGGGAAGAAGCCAGGGGUCUACACCCAAGUUACCAAGUUCCUGAAUUGGAUCAAAGCCACCAUCCAAAGGGAGACUGGCUUCUAAGGUGCCUUGCGAACCUCAGAGCCCCUCCUCCUGAGCACCCAGACCAGGCGAGGCCUCGUGGGCAGCAACAGACACCCCUGGGAGCCUCCAGGAUGCACACGGCGAAGUAUCCGUGCUCUAAGCAGAGACAACAGCUUCCCGGCCUGGGGCGUCCCGGACCAACAUCUCCACCAUCAUCAGGCUCCCUCCUGAGUCAGUCGGGAAAUGACAGAAUCAGCCCUAAAUAUAUUGUGCUUGCUUCCCUUCACACCAUGGCACCUUCUAGAAAAUCACGGUUCACUGAC